UGAACCACAAGUCCACAUCUAUAUUAUGUGAAUUUACAUAUACAUAUUAUACAUCUCUCUCCUCUCAAUUCAAUAUUUUAAACUUUAAACAUUUGUAAUUUUCAUUAAAAUGACGUCUUCUCUGCAACCACGAACUCGCCGGCAAGACAUCUUUGGCAAGAGUUUCACGGCUGCCGGAGGUGGAAAUCCGCCGGCGAAAUUCGACUCGCACUCGCAUCCGGAACUCGUACGCCAACGAGGUGGUCUUAUCACUGUUCCCCGUAAUCUGCCUCCCCCGGUCACCGGUGCGCCAGGCAGACUAACCAAACUGUUGCUGAACGUCAACAUCCAGACGAGUUUGGGGCCGGUUCAGGUGAUGAUGUCGCCGGAAAACACCGUGCGGGACUUGGUGCAGGCGGCCAUAGAGAUCUACGUGAAGGAGAAGCGGCGGCCGUUUUUAUGUGAAACCGAUCCUCGGCGUUUCGAGCUCCACUAUUCGCCGUUUAGUUUGGAGAGCUUGAAGCCAGAGGAAAAGUUGGCAAACUUGGGGUCUCGAAAUUUCUUCUUGUGUACAAAGCCUAGCAAUGCUGCGUGCUCAGACGAGGCGAAGAAGGCAGCAUUAUCUUCAUUUCCAUUCACAAGAUUCAUGGAUUUCUUGCUGUAACUUAUUGAUUUCUCAGAUGCUCCCCCAAUUUUAUUCUAUGCCCAAACCACUUCCGUUUCCGUUUC